GAUUCCUUUUUAUUUCCCCGACUCCUCUUCCUCCGCCGAAUCCUCUCCUCUCUUCCUCGUGAUUCCAUCUUCUCCUAUGUUUUAGAAGACGUUGCCAUCCCGACACCAUUGCCGAUCUUCCGUUCCCUCUCAAGCCGCACACUGCAUAGCCGACGACUCCUUCUCCCUCAAGCCACAGCCGCCGGCUCUCUUCCUCCCUCACGCGAGCACCAGAGACGUGCCACGGUACCCGAUCGCACGGCGUUGCUCAGGCCGCCGCUCGCCGGAGCCUUCUAAUCCCUCGACCUCUCAUCGACAGCUUCGCCAGGAUAUAAGAAUGAAAAGAAUUGAAUGUCAAUUUCUCUAGCUUACUUGGAGGGAAGAGGAGAGGAGAGGAGAAAGGAAUUUAAUUCCAUCCAAUUCUUUCAAUUUAUAUCUACCCAAAUCAGGAAUAUUGUUAUUGAAGAUGGUGUUCUCACAGAAGCCUGUGAGUGAUAUUUGUUGCUUCAGCAGGCUAUCUUACAACAUCAACUCCAACUAUGUUUAUGGUUCACGAGUUGACUCACGGAUGAAACUUUUGGCAGUUCACAUAGAGUGCCCAACAAAGCUCUAUCUUUACCAUGAUUCACAGAUUGAUAGAUCUCCUCCACUUCAAAUUUCACAUAUUAGUCCACAACUGAAUGGUGGUCCCGUAGAUAUAAUUGAAGGAAGCAUCAAAACUUUCUGUGGUUCUCGAAAGUCAAUGACCACUGAAUUCGCUAAACCAACGUGGUUAUCAACUUCAAACAUAAAUGGUUCAAUGUUUGAUGGGUACUUUGUGGACUGUGAUGAGCUGUCCAACAAUGACAUCCUGCGCAAUUUCUGCAAAAAAGGGAAAAUCAUGGAGGCUUGCAGUUUGAUUGAUGUUAUGGCGCGAUUGAAUCAGGUGCCAGAUUUCCCAUCUUGUGCAAACUUGAUCCGUGGUUUGGUCAAUAAUGAUAGAAUUGAAAAGGCCACUCGUGUUCUUAAUAUCAUGAUUUUUUCUGGUGGGGUUCCAGACAUUAUUACAUACAACAAAUUGAUAGGUUGUCUUUGCAGGAGAGGGCAGCUAAAUGCUGCUAUUAAACUUGUUGAAGAAAUGAGUUUUUGUGGUUGCGAUCCUGAUGUGAUAACAUUUAACAUUUUGUUUAGAUCCAUGUUUUCCAUCGGUAAGUAUGACGAGGCAAUCUGGUUUUGGAAGGAUCAGCUGAGAAAAGGUUAUCCUCCAUAUCUUGUUUCUUACACUAUUCUUCUUCAACUUAUAUUCAAACACUGUGGUAUAUUGAGAGCUAUUGAUGUUAUGCAAGAUUUAAUCUCAGAAGGAUGCCAUCCUGAUCAGGUGACCUUUAAUUCUCUCCUCAAUUUAAUCUGCAAAGGGGGUAACUUGGAUGACGCCAAAAUCAUUAUGGCUGGUUUUACGACACAUGGUUUAGAACCAAAUGCAAUAACCUAUAACACGAUACUUCACUGCUUCUGUAUGCAAGGACAGUGGGCUGAAGCGGAUGAUAUACUAUUGAUCAUGAAGGAAGCUUCAUUUACACCAACUGUCGUUACAUACAAUAUCUUAAUUAACAGUUUGUGUAAAUACCAGAUCCUUGAUAAAGCGAUUGAUAUCUUGAUUAUGAUGACGAAUGAGGGUUGUUCACCUGAUAUUGUCACUUACAACACUCUUCUUGCAGCAAUGUGUAAACUGGACAUGGUAGAGCAGGCUUUAGAUAUACUUCAUAUUUUGAGGGACCACGGAUUUUCUUUGGUUGUCAUUACAUAUAACACCUUGAUUGAUGGACUGGCAAAGAAGGGGGAGAUUAAGAAAGUGAUGUCUUUGUAUGACGAGAUGAUAGAUGAUGGAAUCACUCCCGAUGACAUAACCUAUGGUUCACUGGUUAUGGGAUUUUGCAAACAAGAUAUGGUCGAUGAAGCAACACUGGUGUUGCAAGAGAUGGUUAAGAGAGGUUGCAGGAUUAGAGGCAGUACUUCUACCCUUUUGAUAUGGUCGUUGUGCAGAAAUGGAAAGCUGGAUAGAGCAGUUGAAAUUUUGAGUACUAUGGUAUCAAGAUGUACCAAAUCCAGUAAAACGUUUUACAAGGCACUAGUUAAAAGUGUUGCUGACUCUGGAAUGACUGAGGCAGCUACGCGGAUGUAUAAGAUGUUAAUUGAGCUCAAAGUUCUUGAAGAAGACUGAAUGUAGAGUAGGUUAGAAAUUGUAGGUUCAUUUUGAGUCUAUUGCAUAUCACUCCGUUUACCACUUCUAGACUAGCUACAAUUAUUUCAUUUGAUACUCCGAAUUGAUCUGUUUUUGUCUUUGGAUGGUGUGAAAGAAUGUCUUAAGAAUUGAACUGAUA